UCGUUUGCCUUGCCAGCUGGCUGUUGAGCACGUGAUCCUGCGUGGUAGACCAGUGUUUGUUUACAUUGCUUUCGCCGCUAAUAAUUUCCUUUCCUCUCGUGUCGUCGUGUUUGCUUAUUUCUCAUUCUAUGGUUUUACCAAAAAAUUUUAAAGAAUGAGCACACCAAAAACUUCUAAAAGCCAAUCCUCUCCGCGCCCAAAAGCAGCGUUCUCUCCAGUUGCGGUGGCCUAUAGUCCUGUCAGCAAAGGCGCUCAGAAAGGGAAUUUGACAGGUCUGCCGCGCAUCUUGCAGGAUUUAAUUAAAAAGUUUCAAGCAUCACUGGGUAUGUGGAUAAGUCACCACAAGGAAGGAAUGGAUGUGAUCAGCAAAAUGAAAUCCCUAAAUUUAUUUGAAGGGUCAAAGAGAAAUUACAAACUAGACGAUGAAUUGCAAGUUCUGUGUGACUUGCUGGCUGAAAAUGUCCAAGAAUUGGUCCUGGUCGUGGAAAUGAUGACCAAGUUGAGGAAUGAAUUGGAGGCGAUAACCCAAUUAUCUGAGGUCAAGCAAAAUAAUUAUGAUUCGCCUGAAAACCCAUUAUUUUUAACAUGGCCCAUUUCAAAAUUUGUUGAAACUGUUGACUAUAUUUUAAAGUCUUAUCAAGAGGAGCUGAAAGUGAAGCAAAUGGUGCUCAAGGAGAUAGGAUUAAGCCAGGACUCUAAUGAGUUAGCGUUUAGUGAAAAUGCGUGGAGAUACCAACCUAUGUUAUUCCCAGACGAAAUAAAUUUUAAAAUUGAAGCUGCCUUGCUUGAAACGGGGAUAGUUCAAUAAAUUGUUGAAACUUUAUUGACCUUUGAAAUAAGUGAUAUAAUUAAAGUACUUUUGACACCGCAAAAUUUUGUUUCAAACAAUGAAAUAAAAUAUAAUUUUUUAAGAAACCAA